GGAGUGCAGUCUGGGAGGAGCCGGGCGAGCAGCGGGACAACCAGUAGAAGUCCUUGACGCGUUGCUGACAGUGGUGGAGUUGCUCAAAUAACAAUUUAUAUCUGUAGAAUAGGAACUCGUUUAAAUUAGAAAUAAGGACCAAUCACCCAUAACCAGUUUUUUUCCGACUGAGUUUCAGGACAGAUAUUGAAAGAGGAUCAAUAAAUGAGUUCUUCCACCGACCAGCGCCGUAACGUUGCUGUAAGACCCAGGAAUGGAGGGGCAGCGGCGGUGAAUGGAUUCAUCCAGAACGUCAGCUCUCCUCGCCCAUCGCUAAAUGAUUCCUUGGUGGGGGAUGUUCAGGCCUUCCUUAUUGAUGAGGACCAGCUGCACACUUUUGAUGACCUCACCAAAGUUAACCCAGUGACUCCAGCAACAGUGCUAAAAUGCCUGCAGGCCAGGUACAGUUUGAACGUCUUUUACACCCAUGCUGGCUGCACCUUGGUGGCCCUAAACCCUUUCCAGCCCAUUCCAGACCUCUACUCUGUGGAUGUGAUGAGGGAGUACCACUACGCCACUCAGCCUCAGGAGUUCAAACCCCACAUCUUUAUUGUGGCGGAGGAGGCUUACAGGAAUGUUCGGGGUCAGCUGGAGCCGGUGAACCAGUCGCUGGUUGUUAGCGGUGAGAGCGGAGCUGGAAAGACAUGGACGUCUCGUUGCCUGAUGAAAUACUACGCCACUGUGGCGGCCUCCUCCCCCGCAGUCAGCAGUCAGGACACAGUGGAGAGAAUAGAGAGGAGAGUGUUGGACUCUAAUCCUCUGAUGGAAGCUUUUGGCAACGCUUGCACGCUGCGUAACAAUAACAGCAGUCGCUUCGGAAAGUACAUCCAGCUGCAGUUCGACAGGGAUCAGCUGUUGGUUGGUGCUUCGGUGCAGACGUAUCUGUUGGAGAAGACCCGGGUGGCCUGCCAGCCAGCCAGUGAGAGGAACUUCCACAUCUUCUACCAGAUGAUGAACGGAGCCACAGACGAGCAGAGGAACGACUGGAAGAUGCCACGAAGUCAGUGUUUCACGUGGCUGCCGAACAGUGAAAAACAAAUCGAGGAGGAUAGUUUCCAUGAAACCGUUGAGGCGAUGGUUCACCUUGGGAUUAAUACAGAAAGGCAAAGACAAAUAUUUCGGGUUUUAGCAGGGAUUCUGCAGUUGGGGAACGUGAGUUUCUGCCCUUCAACGAAUGAAUCACAGCCUUGCGACCUGGAUGAACGCUCUGAAGACUUCUCGCAGAGAGCCGCCGAGCUGCUGGGCAUCCCGGCAGAGAAGCUCCGGACGUGUCUGAGAGUGAGGACCCUGCAGGCAGGGAAGCAAAGCGUGCUGAAGCCCUGCUCCCAGGCCGAGUGCGGAGUGAGGCGGGACUGUCUGGCCAAGGUCAUCUACGGCCGAUUAUUUGAGUGGUUGGUGACAUUCAUCAACAGCUGCAUAUGCGCUGACACGUCCAAAUGGUGCAACUUUAUAGGAGUCCUAGACGUGUACGGCUUCGAGUGUUUUCAGAUCAACAACCUGGAGCAGCUGUGCAUCAACUACGCCAAUGAGAAGCUCCAGCAGCACUUUGUGGCCCAUUACCUUAGAGCCCAGCAGGAGGAGUAUGUGUCCGAAGGGUUGGAGUGGUCCUUUGUUAAAUACCAGGACAACCAGAGCUGCCUCGAUCUUUUGGAGGGAAGCCCUAUCAGCGUGUUUUCUCUUCUUAAUGAGGAGAGUCGUCUGAACCGAGCUUCGGACUCGAAAAUGUUGAGGGUCCGUUUAGAGAAGGAGCUGGGUGGUAACGGCAACAUAAGCUGGGACAAGUUCAGCAAGGUGCCGCACUUCACUGUGACCCAUUACGCUGGCAAAGUGGGCUACCAGAUAGAAGGCAUGGUGGAGAAAAACAAGGACCCGGUCCCACCAGAGCUCACUGGCCUGCUGCAGAAAUCUGACAACCUCCUUCUUCAUGAGAUCUUCUCUGGCAAGGAAACUGAGAUCCCCAAUAACAAGGAGCUCAGUAAAGUUACUGUGGUGUCCAAGUUUAAGAACUCCCUGGAGAGCCUGAUGAAGCUCCUCCUCACCACAGCACCUCACUACACUCGCUGCAUCAAGCCCAACUCGGACUGCAGGCCGCUGACCUUUAAGAGGAAAGAGGUCGUUUUGCAGUUGGAGGCCUGUGGCAUCGUGGAGACCAUUCACAUCAGCGCCGCUGGCUUUCCAAUAAGAAUUCCUUUCAAAAGCUUCCUGCAGCGUUAUGGUCUCAUCGCCAAGUGUUCAACAUCAGGCCAUCUGGAUGCCGAUCCGGACCCCAACAGCGCCGGCGUUCUUCAGCCGGAGGUGGAGAAGCUCCUCGGCGCGGUGCUCCCACACCACGUGUCCCGUCAUGAUCACAGGUCCCUGGUGCACUGUGGAAGGACUAAAGUUUUUCUCACCCAGCCAAUGCUAGAUCUGCUGGAGGAUCACAGAAAGAGGAUCCUGUCUAAAUGUGCCUUCACCAUUCAGUGCAGCUGGCGGCGAUACCAGCAGCGCACACGCCUCGCCUGCCGACGGGCUGCCACUUUAAUCCAAGCAGCUGUCCGGUCCUGGCUGGUCAGGAAGCAGAUCCAGAGGUGGAACAGAGCAGCUGCAGUGAUUCAAGACACCUGGAAGAAAUGGAGGGCAUUGUUGAAGGCCUUGGCUGAAGCAGAACUCGACGAUGCCAAGGACCUUGCAGAGGAGGACCUCCCAGCGUUAAACCCUGUUGUCAGACAGCGUGGCUCUGUGCAGCUUUCCAGCUUCCAGGAGCCCGUCCCUGUGUGCGGGUGGCCCAUGGGCCUGGCUCUGGCCUCGGCCCCAUCCAUCACUGUUUCUCUGACGGCCACGGGCUUUCAGAAGAUGAUAUCCAUGAUGACUUCCCUCAAUCUGCCAUCCCGGAGAGGAGAGUAUAAAGUGAAGACCAACCAGUACAAGCAGGGGAUCGCCUCUAUACGGGCUCAGCCCAGGGGAUCUGUCAAGUUGCACUAUCAGCGGUCCCCCCUUCUGUAUGCUGACAUGCAGCCGGACCUGAAGAGCGACGUGACGGGGUUUAACGAAAUCCUGCUAGAGAAGACUUUAUAAGAACCCCCUCUAUGAAGAAUGAUUUCAUGGACACGUUUGCUGAUGUCCCACAAAAAGCUGCUACUUUAUGUUCCUCUGCAUUUCAUUUAGAACACUAAAUCUGGCAUUUAUUGCCAAAAUGCUCAUAUUUGUGCAAUUCUGCUUAAAGUGGUGAUGCAGAAAGAUAAUGCAGUGUUGAAUCAAAAAUCAUCUGCACAUUUGAGAUUAUUUUUCCCACUAAUGAUCAUAUGUGCCAUGUAUAUCAGAAUAUAUAUAAAUCAUGAUUAUAUUGCAGAAUUUCUUGCAAAACUACAUAACAAAUGAUUGCUGUACCUAAGAUGGCCUGAAGAUGGCACAACUUUAGCACCUUAGAGUCAAAAACGCUGCAGGGUUGUUUUCUUACUACUGCCUGCAUGAGAUUUCUGAACUCAUGGGGCCUUAUGGAGUGCCUUUUGGCAAAGCUACUCUCAUCAUGGACCAGCUUUUGACUCAUGUAUUUAUUAAAGGUGAUACUUUCAAUUCCAAAGAAUCAACUUAGGAACAAAACUAUCAGAAAUGUUUCAUAUUUCAGCACAUUAAAAGCGCACAACAGGUGAAUGUGAUUUACCAGGUUUGCUGAUGUUAGGCUUUCAAAAACAUUUGUUGGAUGAACAAGACAUCAACAAAACACCUGAUCAGUCACUAAAUAACCAAAAUAAUCUACCAAAGAUUUUUUUGUACCGAUGCAUGCAUUUGAGAACUUGAUAUUGUAGCCAUUAUGAAAUUUAGUUUUAAUAAAAUAAGUGCAAUAUUUUAACAAACUGGAUCAGUUGUUUUGUGUGUAUGCCCUGUCUUAAUUUGUUUUAAAACCAUGCAAGCAUCAGUCUAGCUUAGAAAAUCCCAAUUUAAAGAAUGUUGAAUUCUGUCAUUGUAAUGCCUGGAUGGAUGAGUCUUAUGUUUUUGUCUGCAAAAUCUUGAUUUGUCUGUACUCUUCAGUUAGUAGCAAGUAUACAACAUUCAGGAACA